UCUCUAAACAAUUUUGUUGUUGAGUCCUAAAUAAUGUCUUCAAAAACAGACAAUAUGAGACUUUCUACUUACAUCAACUUAUAACCUCACCUUGAGACUACACACAUACUCCCGACGAGGCUCCCACCACCAUGCCACCGCCAAUCUUCAAACCCCGCCGCCGCCUCACCCAGAACCGUCUGAAAUACGGCAUCGGCCUCACCAUCUUCAUAAUCCUCACCUACCUCUACCUCUUCCCCUCCUCCCCCGUCCUCCGAAUCCUCUCCCGCCCCCAGACCCCCUCCCCGCACCACACCACGGCCUCCAACUCCACCCUCGGCUUCCAAAAAAUCCUCGUCCUCUCCACGCGCCCCUCCUGGCGCACCCGCGGUCUCCACGCCGCCGCCGCCCACACGAACCUCGACCUCACGAUCCCCAACCAAGCCCUCCCCACCGACGAACUAAUAACGGCCUUCCAAUCCCUCGGGCCCUCCUCCGUGAAACACCCUUUGCGCGGCGAAGCCUUCAACUGGCUCGCGCACCUGGACCUCAUGAAGCUGAUCGCUGCACAAGACUACACCACGGCGCUGAUCCUCGAAGACGACGUCGACUGGGACGUUUCGAUCAAGGAGCAGAUGAAGCUUUUGUCUGACGCGGUGAGGGAGUUUACGUACGCGGCGCCGGAAGAGGAAGGCCCGUAUGGGGAGCGGUGGGAUGUGUUGUGGCUGGGACACUGCGGGGAGCCGACGAGGCGGGAUACGCGGCGGCUGGAGUAUUUCGAUGCUUCUGUGCCGGCGAUGGGGAAUUACAGCGGGUGGGCGGCGCGGUAUCACGACGGGCUGAGCGAGGGGGUGAGGGUCGUGCAGCGGGCUGUGAAUCCGGUGUGUUCGUUUGCGUUUGCGGUGACGCGGCGGGGGGCGCGGAAGAUUUUGAAGUGGGCUGGGAAGGGGGAGAAUGAGGCGUAUGAUAUUAGGUUGAUGCAGGGGUGUAAGGAGAAGAGGUUGAGUUGCGUGGUGGUGAAUCCGGAGUUGAUGCAUCAUUAUGUGCCGCCGAGGGAGUUUGGGCAUAUUAGUAAUGUGGCCGAGGGGAAUGGACGCGCGAGUGAGGCGGAGGAGGAGGAGUUUGAGCGGAUUAUGGGGAACACGGCGAAUGUGGUGAAUAGUACGAGGUGUAGGGCGCUUUUUGAUAGUACGUGCAUGCGAUGAAAUGGAAUAAUGGGGUUUUGAGAUUAACCUGAGGACUGUUCCAGAGGAUAUGUUUUGACUAUGGGUCAUAGCUUCAGAGGUGGGCAUUUAUAUCUCAGCAUUUUCAAGCUGAUAGAAGGGGCAUGAAGGAAACUUUCCUAACUGGUCGAUGAAAAAUUCCCAAUGAUGAGGAGACGGCGGUGUUGUGUUGUGCUGAAGGAAACUCUAGCUGAUGUAGAUUGGCUGCAUAGGAAAACUAAUCUUCUAACAACGAAUGUUAUGGGCUUGACUCUGUAG